UGCUUUCUAACCAACUGAGCUAUCCAGGCUGACUUCCCCCAAAGAAUCCUGGGUUCUGUAGUUUAUUAUAGGUGCUGGAAAUGGUACCUAUGAGGGAGGAAACUACACUUCCCAGGAUUAUUUGGAGGGGAGUCAUGUGCUUUAAAUGUGUUUUGAAUAUGCUUACCAGUAUAUAUUGCGUCCCCAGUCUGCUUUGAUUUGAAACCUUUAGCCACCCAACAGCAUGAAAUCUAAGUAGCUGCCUUCCUUCCUGAACUUUGGGUCCCCAAAACACCCCAACUCCCAGUGCUGCAAAAGCAUCACGGCUUCCCAGUCUGACUGUGGUGUCCAUCCUGCCCUGCCCCUUCUUUGCAGGCCAGUGAGCUUGCCUUCUCCAGAUGAUGUCCUUGCCCCAAACCACAAUUACUGCUUGGACUUGGCAGCCUUCCUGCCCAGCAGAUGGGCUCCAAAAUAGACCUGGCUUCCUGCCCCUUCUGAGGUUGGAGCGAGGAGGAAGGAGGAGGUCCUGUGGGCUGUCCCUCCUGCCAAGUGGGCUGGGGGGCUGGGGGCUGCCAGGACAGUAUAAAUCGGGAGCAGAGACCCAGGAGGGGCACUGGAAGAAGCAACUGGAGGAAGCAAGCAAGCAAGCAUCUCCAGACCUUUAGAGAACAUCUCCCCACUAGCAAACAGCAUCAAUCAAGAUGAACAAGUUGAUUCUGGUGAGCUUCCUGGCAGUGGCCACGCUCUGCCUUUGCCAAGCAGAUGACUCUGCCCCCUCCAACAGUGCCAACGACUCACCCAGCUCUGAAGCUUUUGUCUCCAGGCGCGUCAGUGCUCAAGUAGUGAAGAGACACAAGAGGAACUAUAACAGGUUCUACAACGCCCGUGCUGCCCCAACCCCAGACCCCCUUGAGCCCCUGCGAGAGGUUUGUGAGCUGAACCCCGACUGCGACGAGCUGGCCGACCACAUCGGCUUCCAAGAAGCUUACAGGAGAUUCUAUGGGCCAGUAUAGAGACCCUGCUCAAAUUCAGCCCAGUGUGUGGGACAGAAAAGAGAGAGACCAGCGUCUGGGGGUAGGGACCUACUCGCUUUGGUGCUAUGCAAUCCUUAUCUCUUAAGAUCCACAGCAGGAUCCAUGCCUUGAAAUACCCUGAGCAGAUACGGCUUGUAACUACUGUGCCUUUGCUUCCUGGCUGCCUCUGUAAUAUGCUUGCUUUAAAAAUUGGUGUUCUAUGAAGAAAAUAUUAAAUAAUUUUAAAACAUAAGCACA